AUGCAUUCGUUUCUAACAAGAGCUAAUGCCAUUUUGGCUUAUACACUAAGUGUUUGUGCUUGCCUAACGUUUUUAUGUUUUUUAUCAACAGCAUUUUCUCACUAUGACACCGACGUUAGAUUGAGAACGUUUAAAACUGUAGUAAAAAAUGUACCCGAUUACAGCGCUUCGAGAGAAAAGAAUGAUCUAGGGUUCUUAACGUUUGACAUCAAGACUGAUUUAACUAGUAUUUUUAACUGGAAUGUAAAGCAGUUAUUUGUUUAUCUUGUUGCGGAAUAUCAAACUAAAAUGAACUCGCUGAAUCAGAUCAUACUCUGGGAUAAGAUAAUUAUCCGCGAAGACAAUGCUAUGCUAGAACUGAAAAACAUGAAUACCAAGUAUUAUUUUUGGGAUGAUGGAAACGGCUUGAGAGGUAACAACAAUAUUACUCUUCACUUAUCUUGGAAUGUUGUGCCAAAUGCCGGACUCCUGCCCAGUAUUUCAGCCAAAAAUGUUCAUAGUUUUGCUUUUCCAUCUGAGUACACUACGUCGCGUCUUUAAUUUUGUACUAUGUUUGUGAUAUUCAUAAAGAAUGAUGAAAUAUAAAAAUAUAAAACUUGUUUCUUAAA